AUGGUCUUGCUGGGCAUGGAUGGCAUGGCAUCGGCUGUAGAGUACAGCAUCCAGCAGCAGCACCACGUCCAGCAGCACCAUGUCCACCACCAGCACCACCGCAACCACGCAACUACCUCCUACCCACACCCUGGGCAAACACCGGCUCUACCUCAGCUGCGUCCCCCUGUUCCCCUGGUUUCGGAGGCGGCAGCAGAAAUGGAGGAGGCCGCUCAGCCCGCCAGCCCGCUUGACCCUGCCACCGCCGCCACGUCUCGAUGGCCCGCCGCCGCUGCCGCGGCCCCUGCGGAUGCCCAUCCCCCGCCGGACUAUCAGCACUUCGUGCCCCUGCCGCACCAGCGAGAGCGGCGCAAGAAGCUCCUGGACAGGUUUGCGUUCCGAGGGCGGCUGGACGCUCCCGGCGAAGAGCCCAUCUUCGCCAAGACUGUGGAGGUGGAGGACGUUCGGGAGGGUCGGGCGGGUGAGGGCUUGCGCGCCUGGCUGGUGAACCGCCUGCUGCUGGACCCCUGCCUGCACCCGCCCAGCUGCAGGACCAGGAACGGAUACCUGCUGCUGGCCUUCGAGGUGCUGUUCAUGGGAGGGGAGUCGGUGCAGGUGGAGGUACCGUACAAGCACAGCGCGGAAGACACCACGGGCACCCACGGCAACUUCGUGGCGGAGGUCCUGCUUCAGAGGUUGCACUCCAAGUUGCGUCUACGGGACGAGCUGGUGCUGUACCCCAAGACUGACAAGAACGUGUUUCAGAUGGUGGUGCUGCCCAACGUGUGUGCCGAGUGCCUGGAACCGAUUGCGGACCGAGAGGACGAGGCCCUCAUCUGCGACAACUGCUAUGACUUUGUGGACCUGGGCUGUUGCGGCAUGGCGGAGCUGCCGGAAGCUGACGACGGCUGGCGCUGCCGCUGGUGUCGAGAGGGAGAGUCGUACGGCGAUGUAGGGCCGGAGGCCACCAUGACGGAGACGGGGACGUUAACUUGUACGGCAGGGACAGCCGGGGGCCCCGCGGGCCGGUCAGUACUCCAGGGCGCGGGUGCUGAGCCCGAAUACGACCCAGACACGGCGACAACGCUCGCGGCGCCGUCGCCCUCCGCCCGGGGCUGGCGCAGGCGCAGCAGCGGCAGCGGCGGUAAUGGUGGCGGCGAUGGCGAUGGCGACAGAAGGGGAGGAGAGGCCGCUGCUACUGUUACUGUUGGCGCUGGCGGUGCUGCUACUGCCGAGGCUCCGGAGCUGGUUGCUGAUGCGGACAGCGGCGCGCCACGUAACGGCGGUCCCGCCGCUGUCGCGGCCGCCGCGGCCGCUCCGCCGGCAGCUGGAAAGGCGGGAAUCGCAAGUGAUGUGGCGGCAGCUGCUGGUGACGUGUCCCUGGUGGCGGCGAUGGCGAUGACCGCGGCCUGUCCGAGUCCUGCGCGAGUACCUGAACCGGCGUGCACUGCCGUCGGAGAGGGCUUGGCGGCGGCGGCGGCGGCGGCUGUGCACGUGGUGCUGCCGCCGCCACCGCCGCCACUACCCCAGCGCACAUCUCCAGAAGUAGCAGCGGCGGCCAUGGCAACAGUACCGCCGCAACCACUGCCGCCGCAGCGGCAGCCGGGACAAUUGCCACCACCAUUACGAGCGCAGCCGCCGCCGCCGCCGCCGCCACCGCCGCCGCCGCCGCCCGCGGAGCCGCCUGCAUCACGGCCAGAGGCAGCAGGAUCAUCAGUGGUGCCGCUUCCCGCUCCGAAACUGCCUCUGCAACAGCCGCUGCACCAGGCUGUGGCGUGGCAAGCGGCGGCGGCGGCAGUAGGGCCCGGCUUGGGCUCGGUUGCUUUACAAGCUGUGCCUUCGCAACCUUCACAACCUGCGCGGCAGCCGGAGGCGGUGACGGAGCCGCCGCUUCCUACACCGCCACCUCCGCCGCUGCCGCCGCCACCGCCACUACCACCGCACCCAUCGCCGCUGCUGCCACCACUACCACCGGUGCUACAGCAGCCCAGGGCGGAGCCGCAGCUGGAAGCGCGCCAACCACCGCUGCCUCCUUUGCCGCCACCGCCGCCACCACCGCUGCCCUCUUCGCCACCGCCGCCAUUGCCCCCGGAACCUGAGCCACCAGUACCGCCGCAUUUAGAGCCACAGCCACAGCCACCGCCACCGCCACCCCAGCAGCAGCAACAGCAGCAGCAGCUGCUAUUACAGCUGCUGCUAGGCAGCGCAGCUCCAGCUCCAGCUCCCCAGGAUGGGCUUGGGCCCGCCUUGGUGGGGUUGCCGGAACCCAUGCACGUUGCCGCCGCGCGCGAAGCACUUAGACCGCCGCCGCCACAGGAGCAGCAGCAGCUGCAGCAGGAACAUCCGCCCUUCAGAGGCCGUGGUGGUGACGGCGGCGGCGGCGGCGGCGGUGGUGGUGGUGGUAAUGAUGAGAUGCUGACGGGUUCCCGUAUUGAAGCGGCGGGGACAGCAAUGGCGGCUGUAGCGGCCUCCGGCAGGACGGCUGAGCUGCCGGUCCAGGGAUCCCGCGGAGUGGGUUUCCUCGCGGCGGCGGCAGCAGCACAGGACGGCGGACUGCUACAGCCCCUAGGCCCUUCGUUUGAACAGGUCAUUGCAGCGGCGGAGGCACAGCCGCUACAGCCGUCGGCGGCAGUACCCCUCCCGCCGCCGCCGCCGCCGCCACAGCCGCAAGAGCAGCAGCAGCAGCUACAGCCAUACAGCUGGCCUCCAGCGCCGCCGCAGCCGCCGGACUUGUGCUCACCCCUCAGCUUUAGCUCAGUAUCGGCCGGAUUGUCAAGUUUCGGAGGUCAUCAUCAUCAUCAUCAUGGUGCAGCUCCGCUGGCUAGCGGCGGUGUUGCCGUUGAAGGCCCCGCUGCCGCGAGCACCGGCCCAAUAUGUCGAACGGAAUCACACUCGCUGCAAGCGCUGAUGAUGACCGUGGAGGUCACUGCGGGGGACGACGACAUCGCCAGCAGCGGUCUACCAGAUACUCUCCGUACGGCAGAGGCUGCCGUACGUGAGACCGCCGCGGUGGCGCAAGUAACAUCUCUUGCUCAAGCACAGGCUGCCCAUGCGUACGCUAGCGCCGCGGCGGCGGCGUCAGUUGCGCUGGCAUCAGCGGCGGUGGCGUCGCCGCCGCAGCCUCGGCCGCCGCCGCCACCUCCUGCUGAUGCGGUAAGGCCGCCUCCGCCUCCGCCUCCGCCACCUCCGCCACCUCAAGGUCCGCCGCCCGCCACCGCCGGGUUCGUGCCGACGACAUAUGGCCCAACUUGGGACCCAGCGCUGCGGUCUGGUCCGCAGGGAACAGGUAUAGGGUAUGCUCCUGGUAUCGGCCAAAUGAUCCCCAUGGAUCAGCUGUUGCUGCAUCCCCAGGCUUACUCCCGCCUGCCGGCGCAUCCGUAUCCGCAGUCUCCGCUGCUACCACCGCCGCUUCCUUUGCAGCUGCCACAGCAUCAGCAUCAGCAGCCGCAGCAGCCACCCCCGCCGCCGGCCCCACCACCACCGCCGCGGCCGCCACAGCAUGAGCAACAGCAGCAACAGCAGCAGCAACAGCAGCAGCAGCCCUUCCAUCAGCAGAUGCACCAGGCGCAUCACCAGUUCUUCGCGCAAGCUCAACAGUAUCUCAUGCAACAGGCAUCGGUGGUGGGGGCAGUGGGGCCGCCGUACAUUCAUCAAGCUCCAUUGGGACCAAGUCCUCCGGCGGCGGCGCCGCCGCCGCCGCCCCAUUCACCACUGCCGCCGCAGUUACGGAAAGCGGGGCAGCGCGGUCCGCUACGACAGUUCUCUGCAGCGCCACCACCACCGCCGCCGCCGCCGCCGCCGCCUCCUCCAGCCGCCGGACGGUUUAGUCGCAGCGCUUCGGCGGGCGUGACACGGGCGGUCGCUGCAGCGGCGGCAGCGGCAAUGUACGAAUCCGACGACGGCAUUUGGAGGCCUGACGCGACGGACGAUGAUUCGAUAUCGGUGGCGGACCCUAGUAGCGACGACAGCGGUAGUGAUUACGAUGCACGGGGCCGCAGCGCGCGGGGCCGGGGGCCUCGUGGGGGACGAGGGCGAGGCUCACGCGGACGGGGACGCAGCCACAGCCAAGGCCACACCGCGGGUCGUGUGCCACGGGGCCGCGGUCGGACGUCAGCAGCCAGCGUCUACAACUACAACGUGGAUGCUUGCGCGGAGGACAGCCUUACACCGCUCCGUUCACGGGCAGCCGCUGCCAAGGCCACCGGCAGAGGAGGGACACAUGCGAGUAUGGCCGGUGAUACUGCCGCCGCCGCUGCCACCGCCGCCGCCGCCGCCAUCACCACGCCAAGCCCUUCCGCCCUGACGGCGCAAUCCCCCCUGGAGGGCGCGGGCGCCGUGGGGCCCUACACGUCCCUGCGAGAUGGUUGCGAAGAAGCGGUCGGGGGUGGAGGCGGCGGGGGUCCCGGAGGUCCAUUGCUGGCGGAGCUGGGUGCUAUUGCCUCAGCUGGUGGCCUCGCCGCCGUCGGCCCCUCUGCGACCGCGGCCGAGGCCGAAGCUGUCGCCAACGGAGGCGGCCCCGACUCCCUGGUCUACCUGCAGAUGCUGUCGGCAAAGGUGGCCGGGCAUCCGGCACCGCAGAUUGCCCUCGAGAGUCCCGUUCCGGCCGUUUCGGAGGCGUUACCAGCCAGGAUUCCAGAACAGGAUGGAGCUGCUGGACUCGCGCUGGGCGCUGGCGGUGAAGCUGCUGCUGCCGUGGCGGCAGCGGCGGCGGUAGCGGCGGUAGCGGACAAUGCCGCCAUUACUACUUUGCCGCCAGUGGGCGUCACAGUCGCCGCUGAGCUGACGGCUGUUGCGACGGAUGCGGUUCCGGCGGCGGCUGUGGCAGCGGGGCCCGAGGUGCCAGCCGCCGCCUCAGCCCGACCGGAGCGCAUGGCCCUUGAAACAGAGCCGGCAGUGACGUCAUCAUUGAGGGACGACCCUUUGGUGGCAACAUCGAGCACAGGCGUCUUGAGCGCUUUGGUAGCCGAGGAAGUAGCUCCAACACCGCCGCCGCCGCUGGUGGCCCCGCCGCCGCCGCCGCCGCUGGUGGUGCCGUCGGGGCUGACAUCUGAGGCAGUGGGAGAGCCCAGCGCGACUGGUGGUGCAGCCGAAACGUCGGCGUCAAGUGCCUUGGGCGAGCCACACCGGGAUCUGGGACAACCCAUCAGUUGUUCAUCUACCCACCCGCAACAACAGCAACAGCAGCAACAGCAGCAGAAGAAGGACGCCGGAGGUUCCAGACCGGCUGCGGAGCAGCCGCGGCGCCCGGGCACGACAUUACGAAUCCGUUUUCGUGGGGGCUUGGGUGUGCCACCAUCCGCCGGGUUACCUUCCGCCGCUGCUCACGCUGCUCCAGCGAAGCAUGCUCGCCCUCCGCCGCAGCCGCAGCGGCAGCGGCAGCCUGUUAAUGCUGCUGAAGCAGCGGGUACCUUACCCCCAGCCUGCAACAGACCCGUGGCAGAAGCGCCUGGCGUGCCUGAGGCGGCGGCCGUUGCGGUAGUGACUGAAGCCGCCAAUGCUGACGGCGCUGCCGCUGGCCCGAAUAAGCGAGGCCAAGCGUCGGGCCAAUGGUUAAGCACUGUUGGUGUUGCGGUGGAUGCCGGAGUUGGUGGUAGCGGUGGCGGCGCUGCUACUGGACCUGGCGUCAGUGCUGGCACUGACCCCGGCGCUGCGGAUGCCGUGGCGUCAGCACCACCACCAGCACCACCACCACCGCUGCCGCAGCCGCUACCGCCACCGCCCAUGGUGCUAGGUGAACAAGCGCCAUUGGGUGCUGCAGCAGCAGCGGCCGCACUGCUGGAGGCAGCUCCUACAGCCGCGGACUUGAGCGGCGUGCAGCAGCAGCAGCAACAGCCUGUGCCGCCUGCUACAGCGGAAGCAACCCUAGCUGAGCAGCCACAACUGCGAUCACAACCACGUCCAGCGUUGCCGUUGCAACCACCGCCGUCGCCGUCGCCGUCACCGGCACAUCAACUGAGUCAACACCAGCAGCAGCGCUUGCUGACACAACCAUCAUCACCAUCACCGCUGCCACCGCCGCCACCGCCGCCACCGCCGCCGGUGCAAGAUGAAUCAGGCGGCCUUGCCUCACUCUCAUUGCUACAGCCGCUUGGCUCUGGCCAAGCCAUCGGACCGGACAUGGACGGCAUUGAACACGUAACAGCGGAUCUUCAGCUGCGGCUGCAGGAGCCGGAGCUGACGCUGCAGGAAGGAGGAGGAAGGGGGGGGGAGCCUUCAGCUCCGGCAUCUGAGGAUGGCCUUGGCGGCCAGGUCGCCGCGGAUUCAGCACUUGUCAGCUCAGUAGUGACGGUGACGGCGGUGUCGGCGUUGGCGGAUGUACAGCCAUCGCGGGCGCCGGCGGCCCCGCCGCCUCAGGCCUCCCCCGCACAGCUGGCGGCUGUGCAACAGCCUGUAUCGUUGCCUCAUGAGCAAGGUGAGGACCGCGAUGGCGGCGCGGUGCUCGAUACUGAGUUGGCAGUGGUAAUGGACGGCGGUUCGGCGGGAGUGGUAGCCGGGUUUCAGGGGACUGCCGGCGCGGCUCCGGCAGAAGCAGAGGCUGCUGGCAGCGGCCGCAUUAGCGACGGCACAACUCACUCUGCUACGUACUUGAUUGCUGCCGCAGCUGACUCUGUUUUUAUGGAGGCUGCUGUCGGGGCUGCAGCGGCGGCGGCAUCAUCUGCGUGGACGCCGUUGUCAGACAUGAUGCUUGAGCAGGUAGUAGAGCGCCCUGGCGACGGCAAUGGCACGCAGCUGCCGCCGCCGCCACCGCCGCCACAGCCGCCGCCACUCCUGCCACCAACACAGCCCUUAACCCUGGAAACUCCCGAUAUUCCGCCAUUGCCACCUCCUCUGCUAGAGCUACUUUUGCAGGCGUCACAGCGGCAGUUCCCCACAUCGCCGCUGCCGGAGCAGCAGGCGGAGCUGCAGCUACAGCUACAGCUACAUUUAGAGCAGGAGCUCCAGCAGGAGCUCCUGCAGCACCAGCAAGCGCGACUUCAGGAAGAGGAAGAGGUGCUGGGCGGGCGACAGGGGGAAACUGGCGGAUUCCCCUCUGGGAAAGCCGAUGCAGCAAACACCGGAUCGCCCGUGAACCCUGCGGAGGCAUUGGAGAGUGCGGUCCGAGGGGAGGACGCCGGAGAGUCGGAGGAAACACAAGCACCCUCAGGGAUGGCGCCGGCGGCGCCGGCAGCAGCAGCAGCAGCAGCAGCAACACAGGUAUUGGAUGGCACCCUAUCGCGCGAACCAAGCCGACCGAAUGGCAAGCUCGUCGAGACCGAGUGUUCACCAACCGGCAGGGAGCCUUCACCGCAGCUCCCACUGCCGCCUCCGCCACCGCUGCCGCCAUCACCACCGCCACCGCAGCCGCCGGAAAUCCCCGCUGCUACUAAUGCACAGGUCCCGCAGCCUGUCCCAGAUUCGCCGCCGGAGGACACCCCAGCAGCUGUGCCAGCACAAGCCAUGGAAUUCGCAUCAGCAGCUGCAGCGGAACCUGCCGGCGGCGCUGAAGAUGACCAUGUACCGUCCGCGCCACUGACGACUUGGCCGUCACGGCCCUCCCCGCAGCAUUUGGAGCGGCCAUCGUUGCCCUGGGGCAGAGGCCGGAGCCCCACCGGGGGCCCACAAACGCAAUCGCAAACGCGAACACCUCUCCCCGGCACCGAAGAUGGCACCGAAGAUCAGGCGGCGGCACUGACGGCAACAGGUGUGGUAGGUAUAACAAAUGAUGGAGGUGGUACAGCAACCGCAAUUGCAGCUGCAACAAUUGCAGCAUCAGCACCGGCAGCGUCAGCAGCAGGAGAAGAGGAAGGAGGAGGUGUACCCAGCAUCGCACCUGCAGUGCCUGCUCCUGCUGGCCCUGCCCCACCCCCUGACGGCGUCUCUGUGAACGCGAGUUGGAUUGCCCACGAGACGCCCCCGGCGACGGCGGUAGCAGUGCAGCAGCAACCUACACAGCGGGUAGGUCAAAAAACGCCGCAGCAGCCCCAGCGGGUGCAGCCACUAAGGCAGUCUCGCCUGCCGGCGGCCCCUAUGCCGCGUUUUCCCAGUGCCGCUCGACUACCGGAGUCUGUUGCAGCCUUGCUCAACACCUCUGAUGUAAUGGCCAACGGCGGCAGCGGCAGCGGCAGCGGCGUUGGGAUAGGCGCCAUGUCGCCGGUGAAGGCGGCAGCGGCGGCGGGGGCGGCGGCAACGGCAGCGCAUCCGGCUAGUACGGCGGCGUCUGUGGCGUCUGCGGUGACGGUCGCCCCGGCAGCGGCACGGGGCGCCACGUCCUGUAUUGCGUCGCCGCCGACCUUGCCAUCGCAACUUUCAGGCUGUUUCCAGCCUGGUGCCGUUGCGUUUCGCCCUGUAGGGACCACAGUUGGCAGCCUCCGCUCGAAGCGCAUAGCAGGAUGCGCUGUGUCUCUGGAUGCGGGUACUGCUGCGGCUCCUGCGGGUGGCGCAGCCCGGGCCGGUGGGAACGUGGUCACAGGCACCUGCAUUGGUGCCAGCAAGGCGGCACCGAUGCCCACACGAUCGCGUGCAAACCCGUCCGUUGUUGUGCCAGAUACGGACGGGGAUUCGGUAGCUGCAGCACCAGCACCGGAACCAGCAGCAGCUCCAAUGGCAGCAGCACCCUUAGAACCGCCCGCACCAGCAGAACCGCCACCGCCCGCACCAGCACCAGCUGCAGCACCAGCGCCAGGUAAAACACUACCACCAGCACCAGCUGCAGCGCCAGCACCAGAAACGCAAAAAGAUACCGAAGCAACAACACGAGCAGCGUCAGGAACAACAGAGCAAGCGCCGCCGCGGGCCCACCGUGAGGAAGAGGACGGGGGGCGAGAUGCAGCCAGCGGCCGGGGACGGGGCCGUGGUCGCGGCCGCGGCCGCGGGAGAGGCAGAAGCAGCAGCGGUAGGCUGGAACCGCCGCCGCCUGUGCUGCCGCCGCCAUCGGAGCAGGAACCUGACGGCGCUGUCCCCGCUGGUCAUGGCGGCCCCUUUGGAACGGGAAAGGCGACACUCAGGCCCGCCGUGCCGCCGCCUCCGCCACCAGUUGACCCGGCGCCGACGGUGCCACAGCAGCUAAGUGGUGAACGGGAUCCCAGAGGAUUGAGUGGCACGGAUCGGCCCUCCGCCACAACAGCCGCAACAGCGGACCACCUCUCAGCUGGGAACGCCAUCAACGCUGCAGGAGUUUCAACCGGGGGCAGCGGCCGUCGCAGCAGCCGUACGACUCUAACGGCUCGAACGGCAGGUUCAGAAAAGUCAGGCAGGGAACCAGUCCAUGCAGGAGCAAUGGCUAUCGUACCCGAGAAUUGCAUUGACGGGUUGCCGUCCGCCGCUGUAGCCGGGCAGGGUUGCGGCGGCGGUGGCGGCGGCGUUGCUGGUGGCCAUUAUAGCGGGGAAGACAACGGUCUUGUCAAAGAUCCUGUCGUGAUGGUACAGCCGCCGCGGAAGCGAAAGCGGCUCAUGCAGAACAGCUCGCCAGCUGAUGCGCCUGCUGCGGCUCCCGUAUCGCGGGAGCCCGUGGAUGUUGACCUGGAGGGCUCGGAAGGCAUAGCAGCGGAUAAGGUCGUCUACGCACAGCCCUCCCACCCGUUACAGCCCCGCGCGCGCAGCAACGGAAACGCAGCAACGGCUGCGGCCCAACCCCGCCGGCGUGGCAGAAAGCGCCUGAGUCGGCACGUUGUUCUCUCCGAUGGCGAAAGCGGGGGGGAGGGAGGCGAGGAAGCGGCGGCGCGGCCGGGCCCAAGGACGCAUGCGGUUGUUGUGGACCAUGGAUUAGCUGGGGAGGGCAGUGACGACGUUACUGGCCUUGGCGGAGAUGUGGACGGUGGUAGCAAGGGCGGCGCUACCAGGCGUGCCGUGGCUAAGCGCGCCCCGCCGGAACCUGAAGAGGAGCCUUCAGGAACUCCAGCACGUAAGGCUCGACGGGCACGGGGCGGCGGAGGCGGAGGCGGAGGCGGAGGCGGAGGCGGAGGCGGAGGCGGAGGCAUCGACCAAGCCCGUCUACCCGCCACGGUGGAAGCGGCGACGGCGCCGGGCGGUGUUCCAGCAGAAGCGGAGACGGAGCUAGCGGCUGGUACGGCAUCGGCUGCCGCCGUCGUGGCGGAAUCCGUUGCAGCAGGUGCUGCUAGUGUUGAUCUUGCGGCCGCAGCGGCCGCAGCGAUUUCGGGUUUUGGGCGCGUGGAGGAGCAUGCCGCUGGCCGGCGACGGCGACGUGGGGAGGGCCAAGAGGGCGUUGCCGAGGGCAGCAGGAGGGUUGAGGACGGCAUCGCCGGUGGGGCCGAGGGCGCGAGUCCGCGUCAUGUUGGCGAGGAGCAGGAGAGCGAAGAGCGCGAGGGCCCCCCAAGAAAAAGACGGGUGGGCCGCCCGCCGGCCGCGGCGAAGCGGGCAGCCGCCCUGGCUGCACUCAGGCCUACUUCCGAGCCCGGCACACGGGCUACGGGCGACGAGCAGGAUGCGGCGCCGCCACCACCGCAGGAGCUGCCAUGCCUCCCGCAGCCCUUAACGGAGGACGCGCAGACUGAAAAGGACUCCUCAUCGAGGCUGCCGUUACGACCGUCGCCGCAGCAGGAUCUGCACCAGCAGCGGCCGCUGCGUUUGCAGCGGCAGCGGGCACGGCGGUCCUUGCAUGCUGGGCGCGGCGGCGCGGAUCAGCCCCUGCCGCAGCCGCAACUCCACGACCUGUGCGAUCCUCACCAUCCCCAGGACAGCCAGGAGGCGGCCAGGUCGCCGGCUGCGGCCAGGCAGCAGCAGCAGCCGCAGCUGCAGCGGCGGCAGCAGCCAGGGGAGGCCAUGCCGUCGGUGCCGGCAGUUGGGGAGCAGCAAGAUGACCAAGCGGAGCAACAGAGGCGGCAGACAACGCAGGCAUCGCAUCCUCUUGUGAUUCGGCAUCCUUCUCCCCCUGCUGAUGAACUUUCCCUUUCGGCAGCCCAGCAGACACAGCCGCAAGAGCAGUCCCAACCUCCGCAACCACCGCAACCGCAGCCGCCGCCGCCGCAGCAGCAACAGCAGCAGCACCAGGAACUGGAGCUGGAGCAACAACAGCUGGCGGGGCAAGUAGCUCUCCUGUGGCCGCAGCCGCCGCAGCAGGAGCUGUGGGACCAGGUACCGUUACGGCAGUUACGGGAGGGCUUCGGGGCCGGGCGCCCGGACGCGCGGUUGGCUCGGACCGAUGCCGAUAGCCGCGGUCGUGCGCUCACGGGCAUCAGCGAUGACGGGACUGACCACCUUGUGCCGCUGCAACACCACCACGACAACCGCCAGAACCAGCAGCAGCAGCAGCAGCAGCAGCAAGGGCUGCAGCUGACGCAUCUGCACGCGUUUGAACGAAUGGUUUCGGAGCUGCAGGCGGGCAUGUUGGAGCUGCAGGCCAGAGCGGACAUGGCGGUGGACCGGGCGCUUGCGGCGGAGGGCCGGGCGUCGGAGGCGGAAAGUCGGAUAGCGGAGAUGGAGCGCCGCGUGACGGAGAUGGAAAGCUCCACCGCGGAUCUGCGGGCAAGGACGGCGGCGGCGGAGGACCGGGCGGCGAUGGCGGAGGGCCGGGCAGCGGCGGCGGGCGACCGGGCAGUGAUGGCGGAGGACCGGGCAGCGGCGGCGGACGACCGGGUGGCGGCGGCGGAGGGCCGGACGAUGGAUGUGGAACAGCAGCUAGCGGCAAUGAAGGAGCGAGCCCUGGGGCUGGAGGACCGGGUGACGGAGCUGGAGACGGGGUUGGCCGCGGCGCACAAGAAGGAGGAAGAUUACGUCGCCUUCGUCACUGCAAUUACUUUGGCGCUUGCCAACGCCCGGGAGCGGAUCUCUCUCAUACACCUGGGGCUUGAGCCUGGAAGUCAGCAGCAACAGCAGCAGGCACACUCGGAGGUUGUACUGGAAGCGCCGGAGGAGGCGGCCGCCGAUGCCGAUGCCGAUGCCGCCGCCGCGGCAGCCGCGGCUGCGGGUCCGGGCCCAUCUAAUCCGACGUUGGCACUGCAGUUGUGCAGUGUUGGUAGCGGUCGUGUCUUGGCGGGUAGAGAACCCGGCAGUGGCUUUGCGGCUGGGGGAUGGGUCUAG